CCGCCGCUGCUGCGCGCGCAGCUCCCGGCGCUGGGCCGCCUGCUGUGCUUCCCGCAGGCCUUCGUGGGGCUCAGCAAGGCCACCACGUGGUACCAGUACGGCUUCGCGCAGCCGCAGGGCCCCAAGCCCAACAUCCUGGUGUCGGGCCACGAGAUCCGGCAGUUCGCGCGCUUCCUGGCCGAGCGGCUCGGGGUCCCCGCGGGGCUCGGGGGUCCCGACCCGCCGCCACCCCCCCCGGAUCAGGACUACAUCCUGGUCUUCACCCGCACCCGCAACCGGCUGAUCCUGAACGAGGCGCAGCUGCUGCUGGAGCUGGCCCGCGAGUUCCAGAUGAAGACGCUCACCGUGUCCCUGGAGGAGGAGGAGGAGGAGGAGGGGGAGGAAGGGGGCCCCGGGGGGACCCGGCCCUUCGCCGACGUGGUGCGGCUGGUCAGCCGGGCCUCCAUGCUGGUCAGCAUGCACGGGGCGCAGCUGAUCACCGCCCUCUUCCUGCCCCGCGGGGCCACCGUGGUGGAGCUGUUCCCCUACGCCGUCAACCCGGACCACUACACCCCGUACAAGACGCUGGCCACCCUGCCCGGCAUGGACCUGCGCUACGUGGCCUGGCGCAACACCCGGCCCGAGGACACGGUCACGCACCCGGACCGGCCGUGGGACCAGGGCGGCAUCGGCCACCUCGACCGGGCCGAGCAGGAGCGCAUCGUGCAGAGCCGCGAGGUGCCCCGCCACCUGUGCUGCCGCAACCCCGAGUGGCUCUUCCGCAUCUACCAGGACACCCGGGUGGACGUGGCGUCGCUCAUCCGGACCAUCCGGCGCACCGUGCCCGGCCGGCCCGGCCCGACCCCCGGCCGGCCCCAGGGCGCCGUCAGCCUGUACCCCAGCAAGGUGCGCGAGGCCCGGUGCCAGGGCUCGGCGCGGGGAGACGCCGGGGCCCGCCUCACCGUGUCCUGGCAGAUGCCCUGGAACCUGCGGUACCUGAAGGUGAAGGAGGUGAAGUACGAGGUGUGGCUGCAGGAGCAGGGCGAGAACACCUACGUGCCCCACCUCCUGACCCUGCAGAACCACACGUUCACGGACAACAUCAAGCCCUCCACCACCUACCUGGUGUGGAUCCGCUGCAUCUUCAACAAGAGCCUCUCGGGACCCUUCGCAGACGUGCUGGUGUGCAGCACGUAGCAGCCUGGGUGUGCGGCCGGGCCGGGCCUCCCUCCCUUCCUCCCCUCUCUGGGCAGACAGUGGGGUCUCUCCAGCUUAGGGGAUCUUUUCUGCACCCCUUCCAUCUCCUCAGGCCUCUGGAUCUCCACAC